UAUAUAUUUUAUCAGUGUUUGUUGCAGGCAGUUCACUGCGGUAGAACAGAAGAGAGAAGAGUCAUCCAUCUGCAUGGUUUGAACCCUUUCACAAUGGAGCUCAUCUCACUUCUUAUAUCUAUUGUCGUCAUCCUGUUUCUGGCCAAUGUGAUCAAGAAUCAGAAAAAGUACAGCAAUUUUCCUCCUGGACCUAAACCUUUACCAAUUAUUGGAAAUAUGCACAUAAUCAACUCAAUGAAACCUCAAAAAUCAUUUAUGGAGAUAUCCAAAAAGUAUGGCACAGUAUUCAGUGUCCAGUUUGGCACAGAAAAGAUGGUUAUCUUGUGUGGUUACGACACAGUGAAAGAUGUUCUUAUCAACCAUGCUGAAGAAUUUGCUGGAAGACCUGUUACUGCCAUAGGUGCUAUAACAUUACAGCAAUAUGGCGUUAUAUUUUCAAAUGGAGAGAACUGGAAAAUGAUGAGGAGAUUUACUCUGUCAACAUUACGAGACUAUGGAAUGGGGAAAAAGAGUUUAGAAAACAAGAUAAUUGAAGAAUGUGAAAGCUUAAUAAAUAAAUUUAGGUCUUUUGAAGGAAAGCCCUUUAAUAAUCAUACCAUCACAAAUGCUGCAGUGGCCAACAUAAUUGUGUCCAUACUGAUGGAUCAGAGAUUUGAUUAUGAUGAUCCUACAAUACUGAAGCUCAUGAGAUUAAUCAAUGAAAAUGUCAGGAUUGGAGGAAGCACUAUGGUCAGGCUGUACAACAGUUAUCCCUGGCUGAUUAGAUGGCUACCCGGGGACCAUAAAAAGAUUUUUGAAAACAAUAAAAAGCUGUGGGACUUUGUAACAGAAACGUUCACAAGAAAAGAGAAAGAACUAGAUAUAAACAAUCAGAGGAACCUCAUCGAUGCCUUCCUUGCUAAACAAAAAGAGGGAAAACCAGAAUCUACAUUGUAUUACCAUAAUGAAAACCUAAAUUUGCUGGUCAGUAACCUGUUUGCUGCUGGGAUGGAGACCACCUCAACCACUCUGCGCUGGGGUCAACUUCUAAUGAUGAAAUAUCCUGACAUCCAAAAAAAAGUGCAAAGUGAAAUUGAAAAUGUUAUUGGAUCUGCUCAACCUAAAGUCGAGCAUAGAAAAAAAAUGCCAUAUACUGACGCUGUCAUUCAUGAAAUUCAAAGAUAUGGUGAUAUUGUACCUGGAAGUGUCCCACAUGCCACUACCAAGGACAUCACAUUCAGGGGCUAUAUUCUUCCAAAGGGCACCACCGUCAUCCCAUUGCUGCACUCUGUUCUGAGAGAUAAAGCUUACUUUGAAAAACCAGAAGAGUUUUAUCCUGGACACUUUCUUGACUCAGACGGGAAAUUCAAAAAGAAUGAAGCCUUCAUUCCCUUCUCAUUAGGUAAAAGAAGUUGUGCUGGAGAGAACUUGGCAAACAUGGAGAUCUUCCUGUUCUUCACUUACCUGCUGCAGAACUUCACAUUCCAGGCCCCUCCUGGUGCAGAGCUGGACCUAAACCCUGCCCCAGGGGUCAUUAAUGCCCCUUUACCCCAUGAGAUCUGUGCAAUCUCUCGAAGAUGAGACAUAUUUACCAAGUUAAAUGAACCCCCAGCAGUUUUCCCCAGGAAGGGGAAUUAAAAAUUGGUUGUUAAUGCAACAACUCAGGCCUCCAGGUGAUGUUGCAUGCCAUGAGAGUUAUCACUGAAAUAUCUCUGCUCCUUAUAGGUAUAACAUUUUAUGGUGUAAGAAAGUCUCUGACAUUUAUUCUAUGUUAUUAACUCACUGAAAUAAAAAUUAAUAUCACAGCUGGGAAAAUGUGAAUACUAGUGUCACUAAAUAAAUUAUUUACCCUUAAAA